CCAGAGAGAGCGACAGCUGAGUUCGCUUCCAGCUGCAACGCUCAACCCCCUCACUGACAGAACGAGAAAGGUUGACUGGUCGCUAAGAAGAAGCCUCCAUAGCAGCCAACAAGUGGAAUAAGCAAAGAUGCAGAAGAACACGACGGCGAUUCUGUGCUUUGUGCUGCUCGUGCUGACUCAGCAGGUGUGCGCGGGUCCACUGGGCUCUCAGCUGUCCAGCCCUGAGCAGAGUCCACGUUCAAGGGGGGGCGACAGGGUCCAGACGCUGCGGAGAGCGGCUCGGAUGACCCCUCUGUGGAGGAUCAUGAACAGCAAACCGCUCGGGGCUUUCUGCCAGAACAACUACGAAUGCACCACGGGAAUCUGCAGGGCGGGACACUGCUCCACCAGCCAUCACUCCUCCUCAGAAGCUGCCAAGUACUAGGCAGCCGUUUCGGCGGCUGUGGAUGAUUGGGACGGAAACUGAUCCAGGUCUUCAGUUCUAUUCAGUAGCUAACGAACGUCCAAAACUACAAAUAUGAACAAACAUUUGCUUAGCACGCACUUAUUGAAUGUUCACUGCUCCAGCUAGAGUUCAAAAUGAGAAAAGUGGUUGAAAUAACAGCAGCAGGUUCAUAUGUAAAGUUCAUAAAUGUGGGAGGGGAGUCAGUCAGUCUGACUCAUUUAUACUUGAAAUCUUCUGUGUUUUUCUCAAACCAUUCACAGAUUUUCACCAAAGCUACAAACAAGCAAAAAUCUUUGACUGUUAAUGGACCAAACUUGUGCUCUAGUUCCACAGCAGAGCAAACUUCAGAGCCACCGUGGCCUUGAACCAACUUCUGCCAUUAUAUAAUUAAGAUCAAUGUCUGCACAGCUGAUAGCCGGUGCUAUUCAUCACAGCCCGUGGUUUCACCGAUAGCGUCCGAGACCAAACACAUCUUCACUAAUGAACGUGAGUCGUCUGACGACUUUAAAAAUCUGACCAACCAGCAGUGAAGGGUUUAUUAUUAUUAUAAUGGUAGAAGGAGCAGAGAUCUGUGAUUAAAAUCAUCAAGUUGAAAAGUGGAAGAAUAGAAUCCUGCAGCUCAGACAAAGUACAGAAAAGGAGCAGUGGUUACAAUAUAACAAUGCACAAGCCCAUCGUCAUUUGUAUUUAAAAUGGGCACAGUUAUCGAACCAUGGCCACAUAACACAGACAAUGCAAAUGCAACAUCCACAUCAUUUUAUGAAAUGGAUAUUUUAUUUAUUGUUUUCUGUUUGUAUCCAAAUGUAUCAGUUUGCAUUAAUAUAUUUACUAUUUUUACAUUUGUUGAUGCUAGAGUUGUUUUUAAAAUAAUCAAU